CUUCUAUUUUAGGCCUACGCUUUGUCUUCCCUUGUCAGCGGCGACGCCCGCCCCGGCCCAACCCAACCCGCAAAACCCUAAAUCUCUCCUUAGCCGCGAAAUUUGGUCCUCCUGCUUGGGAGCGUUUUCACGUCUUUGAUUCCGUUACUAUUUUAUUUGUUUUGUUUUCAGUUUCAUUCAAUAGAAAGCAAAUGUGAAAUGACAGAUUGUAUCCUCUGUCUUUGAUUUCAUGGUUCUUUAGACUUCGAUGUCUUACGCGCUUGCUUUAUUCGAAUAUUUUGCUAACAGGAGGCAGAUUCAUAUGGUUGGGCUUGUAAAGUUCGCAUUCUCAGUAUGAGGAAAGCAAUCAGGCAACACAAGUUUUCGAUAGUUCCAUAAUCUAUCCUUGUUCCAUCAUUUUCUAUAAUCAUAGGUAAUACCUACUUCUUCCACCGUCAUUAUUUAAAUUUUCCGCCAGCACAAGUUCAAGCCAUGACCAUCAGCACCUCUCUCACUGCAAAUGCCCUUCCUCAGCCCCAACUCGCUGGCCUACCUGGUCGAAUCUGCCAUCUUAGCUCACUCACCCCAUCUUGGCAGGGCAGCCCAUGCCAAGAUCAUCAAGAUGCUCGACUCCCCUUUCCCCUUCUUCCUCUCCAACCAUCUUAUCAACAUGUACUCCAAACUUGACCUCCCCGACUCCGCACAACUCAUCCUCCGACUCACCCCCAUUCGCUCUGUCGUCUCCUGGACUGCUCUCAUCGCCGGCUCUGUUCAGAAUGGUCAUUUCUCUUCCGCUCUCUCCCAUUUCUCUAGUAUGCUCCGCGAGUCCAUCUUUCCAAAUGACUUCACCUUCCCUUGUGCCUUCAAGGCAUCAGCUUCCCUCCGUUUUCCCAUCACUGGAAAGCAGCUGCAUGCACUCGCAGUAAAAUGCGGUCAAAUAGGGGACGAGUUUGUUGGGUGCAGUGCUUUUGAUAUGUACUGCAAAACUGAUCUAAAAGAAGAUGCAAGAAAAAUAUUCGAUGAAAUGCCCGAGAGAAACAUUGCAACUUGGAAUGCGCAUAUAUCAAAUGCGGUGAAUGAUGGAAGAUCCAAGGAUGCAGUAGUUGCCUUUUUAGAGCUGCGGAGGACCGGCGGAGAACCCAAUUCAAUAACAUUUUGUGCCUUCCUGAAUGCAUGUGCAGAUGGGCUCUACCUAGAGCUUGGUAGGCAGUUGCAUGGGUUUGUGAUAAGAAGUGGGUAUGAUGCUGAUGUCUCCGUCUGCAAUGGGUUGAUUGACUUUUAUGGGAAGUGUAAGGAGGUUAAAUUUUCUGAGAUGGUUUUUGAUGGAAUAGAGAUGAGAAAUGAUGUUUCUUGGUGCUCAUUAUUGGCAGUGUAUGUGCAGAAUCAUGAGGAGGAGAAGGCUUGUAUGAUCUUUUCAAAGACAAGGAAGGAAGGGGUUGUGCCAACAGAUUUUAUGAUGUCUAGUGCUCUUAGUGCUUGUUCGGGAAUGGCAGCCCUUGAAUUGGGUAGGUCAGUUCAUGCAGUUGCUGUAAAGGCUUGCAUUGAUUGGAAUAUUUUUGUGGGGAGUGCAUUAGUUGAUAUGUAUGGAAAAUGUGGAAGCAUAGAGGAUUCACAACAAGCAUUUGGUGAGAUGCCUGAAAAGAACUUGGUUUGUUGGAAUGCAAUAAUAGGAGGAUAUGCACACCAAGGGCAGGUUGAUAUGGCAUUAGCAUUAUUGGAAGAGAUAGGCUCUGGUAUCUCUGGUCUGGUGCCAAAUUAUGUGACAUUUGUGUGUAUUUUGUCAGCUUGCAGUAGAGCAGGGGCAGUGGAACAAGGCAUGGAGAUCUUUGAGUCAAUGCAGGUUAGAUAUGGGAUUGAACCAGGGGCCGAGCAUUAUGCUUGUGUUGUGGACAUGUUAGGGCGAGCUGGGAUGGUAGAAAGUGCAUACAAUUUCAUAAUGAAAAUGCCAAUGCAACCAACAAUUUCAGUUUGGGGAGCCCUUCUAAAUGCUUGUAAGGUGUAUAGCAAGCCAGAAUUAGGAACAAUAGCAGCUGAAAACCUAUUUAAACUUGAUCCCAAAGAUUCGGGCAACCAUGUGCUGCUUUCAAAUAUGUUUGCAGCUGCUGGAAGGUGGGAGGAAGCAAAUCUAGUGAGAGUUGAGAUGAAAGAUGUUGGCAUAAAAAAGGGUGCAGGUUGCAGUUGGAUAGCAGUGAAGAAUAAGAUUCAUGUGUUCCAAGCAAAGGAUACUUCACAUGAGAGGAACUCGGAGAUUCAAGCAAUGUUGGAUGAGAUGAGGAGAAAAAUGGAGGCAGCUGGGUACGUACCAGACACUAAGUUUGCACUGUAUGACUUGGAAGAAGAAGAAAAAUUAACAGAAGUCAGGCACCACAGCGAGAAGAUUGCACUUGCAUUCGGCUUAGUCGCUCUUCCUCCUGCAGUACCCAUAAGAAUCAACAAAAAUUUGAGAAUCUGCGGAGAUUGCCAUAGUUUCUUCAAGUUUGUCUGUGGUAGUUUUGAGAGAGAAAUCAUCAUAAGAGACAACAACAGGUUCCAUCGGUUCAUGGCCGGCCAAUGCUCAUGCAGAGAUUAUUGGUGACAAAAUUUUGUAAUUUGAGUUAUGACCCUCCUAAUUUAUUUUGUUGUACAAAAUUUAUUUUCUUCUCCAUUAGAAAUAUAAGAUGUGGACUUGAUCGAACCAAUGUUACCGAAUUAAGCACGGUUUAAUCGAACCAGUCUCUCCGAACCAGUUUGGCUGGUUUGAACUAAUA